AUGGGCCGUCCGAUUCUAAUCCUCAACUCUUUGUCUGCCGUCCAAGAUCUUCUCGAGAAAAGAAGUGCCAACUACUCCGAUCGUGCCACUAAUCCGGCCUUCCAACUAAUGAAACUCGAGUGGAUGAUGGGACUUAUGGACUACGGUCCUUGGUGGAAGUCGCAUAGACGCCCACUGCAACAACAAUUCAGUCCACGUGAACUUGCAAGGUAUCGGCCUAUCCUCCAACAAGAAGUCUCCGCCUUUCUCCUUAAAUUAACUGAGAAUCCCAAGUCAUUUCUCGAUACAACUCACCUGUUCUUUGGAUCAGUCAUUAUGAGGAUAUCAUACGGUGUCAAUGAUUUCAACUACAACAAGUCAUUCAUCAUGCAAGCAGAAGCUCUCCUCGACAUGAUCGCUCACGCCACGGCUCCUGGACAUUUCCUAGUCAAUGUAUUCCCCCUGCUACGACACGUUCCAGCGUGGUUCCCUGGAGCUGGCUGGAAACGUCGACUACAGGAGGCGGUUCAGAUUGGCCUCAACCUGCGAGUUGGGGCGUUCGAAGGUGCUAAACAGAGAGUGCAACUGGGGCAGAGGGAGUACCCAUGCGUAGCACAUCGGAUGCUCGACUCUCUUCCACCAGAGGAUGACCCACAAUAUGGCGCCCAAGCAGCCAUAGCGACAAAUGUGGCGGCUAUGACUUACGUUGCGGGAGCGGACACGAUGGUCAGCUCAGGCAAGGUUCUGUUCCUGGCAUUAGCGAACAAUCCCGACGUGCAAAGACGCGGCCAAGAAGAGAUCGACACCGUUAUUGGACCAGGUCGCCUACCGACGCCCGGAGAUCUUCAGAAGCUUCCCUACGUCCAGGCUAUCGUAAUGGAGUUGACUCGUUGGUACACUGUCGCUCCAUUAGGGCUGCUUCAUGCGGCGACCGAAGACGAUGAAUAUCAUGGAUACUUCAUCCCAAAAGGAACCUUCAUAUCCCGAAUGAAUAUCAAUGCCAUUGCCGCCGAUCCGCAACGUCAACUCGAGAUCUUGGCCAAGCUCGAGCAACUCCAGCAGGGUUUUUGA